CAAAAGUGAAUGAGCAAUCCCUGUCAACUGACUCAAAAUGUUUGUCUCACCCAGAAGAUGGAGCUCCCGAAGGGCUUCUUUGGCCAACGGACAUUCCUAUCUGCCCUCCUCAACCUGCUAUCACUCAGCCUCUCCACAGCAUCCCUGCUUAGCAACAACUGGUUUGUGGGCACACAGAAGGUGCCCAAGCCCCUGUGCGGAAAAGGUCUGGCAGCCAAGUGCUUUGAUGUGCCAGUGCCCCUGGAUGGGGGCAGCAGCAACGCAUCAUCCCAGGAGGUGGUGCAGUACAGCUGGGAGACUGGGGAUGAGCGCUUCUCCUUCCAUACCUUCCGGAGUGGCAUGUGGCUAUCCUGUGAGGAAACUGUGGAAGAACCAGGGGAGAAAUGCCGAAGUUUCGCUCAACUCACACCACCAGCCGAGAGAGAGAUCCUAUGGUUAUCACUGGGAGCCCAGUUUGCCUACAUUGGACUUGAACUCAUCAGUUUCCUCCUGCUACUAACGGACUUGCUGUUCGCCCGGAACCCUGGCUGCGGGCUCAAGCUGAGCGCCUUCGCCGCUAUUUCCUCGGUCCUGUCAGGCCUUCUGGGGAUGGUGGCCCAUAUGAUGUACUCACAGGUCUUCCAGGCAACUGCCAACUUGGGUCCAGAAGACUGGAGGCCACAUGCUUGGAAUUAUGGCUGGGCCUUCCACACAGCCUGGGUUUCCUUCACCUGCUCCAUGGCAUCAGCCGUCACCACCUUCAACACAUACACCAAGCUGCUGCUGGAGUUCAGGUGCAGGCAUAGGAAGAGCUUCAAAGGAAACCUGAGCUGCCUCCCACAUCACCACCAGGGUUUACUCCAACAGCUGUCAGGUGCAGCCCACCCUGGGGGUUCUUUGACCAGCUACCACCAGCACCAGAAUCAGCCCAUCCGUUCUGUCUCUGAAGGAGUUGACUUCUGUGCAGAGCUAUACAACAAGGGACUCCAGCAAGGCACCAGCCACGAGCUAACAGAAGACCCGGCUGGGUCAUCUGUAGAAGAGCUGUGUUAGGAGUGAGUGGAUUUGGAGAGCAGAUUGAGCCCAACCUUACAUGUUUGUUAUCAACAUGUACUUA